UCGUUGCUUACGAUACAAACAAACACUUAGAGCCGAUAAGAAUUAUCAGUGCGGACUGUUAGACGGGGUGUCUGGUUUGGCGUGGCAGGAUUUAUGAAGAACAGGACAUUUUAUGAUGACAACAUCCUGAAAUAUACAAGAUGUUGGAGAUUUGGGAGUUUGUAUUAAUUUUGGUUGGCGCUGAAGCAUUCGUCGGUAUUGUCGCCGGAAUAUUCUUUUGGAGGAAACACGUCGACAAAAAGACAGAAAAUGGAUCUCAGAAAGAUCUCUUGGAAAAUCUUCCAGAAGAAAUAAAUCUGGAUGAUUUGUACGAAGCAGAGGAAAUUGAAGUUGGUGUACCUGCGCAAAGUCAUCUCAAUUUUAAUGGCGUUGUGGAACUAAAAACGUUCCGAAGACUAAGCAGUGUGUCUGAUUUUCGAGAGAAUUCGUCUAUAGAGUCCACAACGCGUAGAACCAGCAUCCUGAGCAACGUUGCGCUUCCCGACGUCGAUCCUUGCCCAGCACCGAUGAUUCUCGCCUCCAAUAACGACACUUAUUACGCAGACGACAGAUCUUUGACCGACAUUCGUCCUCCAUCGUAUCACACUCGAAUGUCUUACACACACUCCAUGACUGGUAACGAGCUUACACCGGUAAACACACCGAGCCCUUCCAGAUUUAGGAAAGCUCUGGACAUCAACCAGAACUCAACAAGAGGGCUAUCGAGACCAAAAAUGGGAGAUCCGACGCCAUUUUCAUUUUUCUCAGAAAAUACAAUUGCAUCAACUCAAAGCGGUGAAUCAGUCCAAGCGAAGUGGUAGAAGAAAAAGGAAUCGACAGGAAAAAUAAUCUUAUUAUUAUGAAUUUUAAGAACCUUUAAGAAUUUAACAAGAUAUAACAAGUAUGGCUUAAAAAUGUGAUCGUUUCACUUGUAAAACUUUUGUUUCAUUAUAAAUGUAUAUUCAUAUCGAUUCUAAUCAUAGACAGAUGUUGAGUAUAAAAUAAGAUAUCUGUCUUGUAGUGAUCUAGAGGUUUAGGACGAAAGGUCAAUGUUAAAGAGAUUUGUUUUGUUUUUUUGGUCGAUAAAAAUAAGUACAGAAUGAAGAAAUUUUGGGAAGUGUAUUAGACUUCUUAAUUCAGUUUGUGAAUUUCAAGCACAAUUAAUUGGCGUUAUUUUUUAGAGUCUGUAACAAAAGUUGAUUUUUUUUUAUUCAAUUCAUUUGCAUUGUACAUGAAAUCAAGCACACAAUUUAGUAAUUAAGUUAGCUUUAAAACAGAUUGGAAACCAAAUCUAAAACCGCAGGUUCUCAAGAAUUAUUGCACUUGCAAGAAUUACCAUGGUUGAUACUUUAUACUGUAAACUAUUUCAUGAACUGUUAAUACGUAAUUUCAAAAUAAAUUAUAAUUUUUUUU